AUAUCUAACAUACUACUCCUCACAACCUACCUACCCAGUCACUAUAUAGUAGUGUUAUUUAAGUGCGUGUAUACACACACACACACACACACACAUAUUGAUUAAUUAGCACAUAAGAUCAGAAGCAAAUCCUAGGUAUCAAUGGAGACACAGCAGAGUAGCAAAGGGAGAGAUGAAGCGAGAGAGGAUGUUGAUGAUGGAGAGAAAUGGGUUUAUGAUUCUUCCGUAGAUUAUAAAGGAAGGACUCCUCUUAGAGCUGCCACUGGUGCCUGGAAAGCCUCACUCUUCAUCAUUGCGAUUGAGUUCGGUGAGAGACUGAGUUAUUUUGGAAUCGCCACAAGUUUAAUCAUUUACCUUACAAAGGUAAUGCACCAGGAUCUCAAAACAGCUGCAAAAAACGUCAAUUACUGGUCUGGUGUUACCACUUUGAUGCCAUUACUUGGAGGCUUCUUGGCUGACGCUUACUUGGGUCGCUUCUCCACCGUUCUUGCUUCCUCAGUCAUCUACCUCGUUGGUUUGGUAUUAUUGACAAUGUCGUGGUAUGUACCGAGUUUAAGAGCUUGUGAUACACAAGUGUGCCAAGAACCGAGGAGAGUUCAUGAAAUGGUUUUCUUCUUGGCUAUAUACUUGAUCUCCAUUGGAACAGGAGGCCACAAACCUUCACUGGAAAGCUUUGGAGCUGAUCAAUUCGAUGACAAUCAUGCCUGGGAAAGAAAGCAGAAGAUGUCUUAUUUCAACUGGUGGAGCUCUGGUCUUUGCUGUGGAUUAGUACUGGGUGUUACUGUCAUCGUUUAUGUGCAAGAUCAUAUCGGCUGGGGAGCUGCUGAUAUUAUUCUAACCUUAGCUAUAGCGUUCUCACUAGUUAUUGUCAUUAUCGGGAGGCCUUAUUAUCGUUAUAGAGUGCCAACUGGAAGCCCCUUAACACCAAUGCUUCAAGUUCUUGUUGCUGCAAUUGCCAAAAGAAAUCUGCCUUUCCCUUCUAAUCCUGCUCAAUUAUAUGAAGUGCCCGAGUCACAGAAGACUCAUGGGAGGCUUUUGGCUCAUACCAAGAAGCUCAAGUUUCUUGACAAAGCAGCCAUUGUCGAAGGUGAGGAAGUCUCGGCGGAGAAGUCGAGUUCUUGGAGGCUAGCAACAGUGACCAAAGUCGAAGAAAUGAAGCUACUUCUCAACAUGAUUCCCAUAUGGUUAGCCACACUACCGUUUGGAAUUUGUGUAGCACAAGCCUCCACUUUCUUCAUCAAGCAAGGCACUACCUUGGAUAGGAACGUAAAUGGUUUCUCUCUCCCUCCAGCCUCAAUUUACUCUCUAUCCGCCAUUGGAAUGAUAGUGUCUGUAAUCAUUUUCGACAAGAUCGCCGUACCCAUAUUAAGAAAAACAAGAGGAAACGAGAGAGGCAUAAAAAUCCUCCAGAGAAUCGGCAUUGGCAUGCUCUUCUCAAUUGCUACCAUGGUUGUUGCAGCUCUUGUGGAGAGAAAAAGACUCAAGGUCGUAGAGAAGGAUCUUGCAAAAGGGUCACUCUCCAUGAGUGUCUUCUGGUUAGCUCCACAGUUCAUCAUCAUCGGAAUAGGAGAUUCAUUUACCCUUGUAGGAUUACAAGAGUAUUUCUAUGACCAAGUCCCAGAUUCCAUGAGAAGUCUAGGCAUUGCCUUCUACCUCAGUGUGAUUGGAGCAGCAAAUUUCAUUAGCAGUUUGUUGAUAAUAGUGAUUGAUCACGUCACAGAGAAAAGCGGACAGAGUUGGUUUGGGAAAGACUUGAAUAGCAGUCGUCUUGACAAGUUCUACUGGUUAUUGGCAGCCAUUACUGCUGCAAACUUGUGGGUUUAUGUGUAUUUAGCAAAGCAAUAUUCUUACAAAAGUGUGCAGAAAAGUACAGUGGCCGUGGCUGAUUGCUAUGAGCGUGAUGAAGAGGCAGGGAUAAGGCCCAUGGCCUGAUCAUAUAUACUCCAAUUCCCUCUAUUAUAUAAAUAAUUUAUAUUGCUUUUGCUGCUUCAAUAUAUAUAUAUAUAUUGAAUUCGAGGUUAUUAGAUUAUUUUGCAAUUAAGAAUCACUGAAAAUUUGCUAGUUA